ACUCGCGGUCAUCCCGGCCCAGGCCUUUUAUCUUGGCGCUGCUGGGGAGGCGGGAGGAGGAGACACCGGGGGUGGCCCUGAGCGCCGGCGACACCUUUCCGGGGCUCUAUAAAUUGAGCACCUGGCAUGGGUAAGGGGCCAACGCCACCACCGCCGCCCGCAGUCACAGUCCGGACACUGACCUCAGCAGCGCCCGCAGGCAGCAGCCGCCAGCAGCGGGAACGUUGAGCUACCCAGCAGCAGGGGAUCUCGAGGCGCCAGAGGAGGCCAGGGCUGGACCCACGGACCACGCGCCGCCAUCGCGAGCUUCCGGACGCCAAAGCCAGGAGAAGCCGCGCAUCCCGUAGGGCCGGGCUGCGAGCGAGACGAGAGUUGGUGAGGGCGGAGGAGGAGCCGGGAAUCCCGCCGCACCGGCUACAGCCAGGCCCCCGUCACGGGCCUCAGAGAGCGCGUGAAGGCGGGCAGUCCCUCGCCCCAGCCGGCCAUCCCGUGCCCCUGCGUCCCUGUGCUUCGGCGCCCGCGCGGCCACCAUGAUGCAAAUCUGCGACACCUACAACCAGAAGCACUCGCUCUUUAACGCCAUGAACCGCUUCAUCGGCGCCGUGAACAACAUGGACCAGACGGUGAUGGUGCCCAGCCUGCUGCGCGACGUGCCUCUGGCCGAGCCCGGGCUGGACAACGACGUCGGCGUGGAAGUAGGCGGCAGUGGCGGCUGCCUGGAGGAGCGCACGCCCCCGGCCCCCGGUCCAGGCAGCGCCAACGGCAGCUUUUUCGCGCCCUCCCGGGACAUGUACAGCCACUACGUGCUGCUCAAGUCCAUCCGCAACGACAUCGAGUGGGGGGUCCUUCACCAGCCGCCGCCGCCCGCGGGGACCGAGGAGGGCAACACCUGGAAGUCCAAGGACAUCCUGGUGGACCUGAGCCACUUGGAGGGCGCGGACGCCGGCGAGGAGGACCUGGAACAGCAGUUCCACUACCACCUGCGCGGGCUGCACACUGUGCUCUCCAAACUCACGCGCAAAGCCAACAUCCUCACUAACAGAUACAAGCAGGAGAUCGGCUUCAGCAAUUGGGGCCACUGAGGCGGGACGCCCGCGGGCUGCCCAGCACCCUUCCCGGCCCCACCUCUCACCCUCUCUCUUUCCUCAAAGCUGUUUCUUUCUGGCUGUAGAGCGCUGUGGGCGGACUGCAACGUUGGGGGGCUGCGUACGUGCAGGGGGCGCGGCGGGGCUGCAUGGAAGAGGGGGCCUCUUUUGGAAGAGGACAGGAAAAUGGUGACGGGAGGGGGGGCUCAAGGAUCUCCCUCCCGCGGGGUGGUGGUGGGGCGGGGCUGUGUUCUAAGUUGGUGGGAAUGGGACUGAGCUGACGCCCUGCCUUCAGCCUGUGCCUUUCCUGGAGUUUCUUUUCUGUUCUUUCUGGAGGAGAAGGGGCCAUGCCAGGGCGCGGCGCUGGGUUGCCACAAUUGGGAGCGCCGCCCCGAGCUGGGCGCUGGGGAAGGCGGGGCGCGCAGCCUCCUGCCGCCCUGCCGUUGGGCUGCUGGAGGCCGCAGCGUCGCUAGGAUUGCAUCAGUUUUCCUGUUUGCACUUCUUUUUGUAACAGUGGCCCUGUCUUAAGUAUUUCGAAUCUCCUCCUUGCUCUGAAACUUGGGCGAUUCCAUUGUGAUAAGCGCACAAACAGCACCGUCUGUCGGUAACCGGUACUACUUUAUUAAUGAUUUUCUGUUACACUGUAUAGUUGUCCUGUGGCAUCCCUACCCCAUCCCUUUCACGCCACCCCUGCCCCCACCCCACCGUGUGUAAGUUGGCACUGUGCCAGCUUGCACGAAGCUUGCCACUCAGCCAGUGAAAAUAAUAACAUUAUUAUGAGAAAGUGGACUUAUCUGAAAUGGAACCAACUGAUAUUCUAUCCGUGUUGUACAUAGAAUGAUGACGGGUUCCACUGUUGUUAUAUGUCUUAAAUUUAUUUAAACCUUUUUUAAUCCAGAUGUAGACUAUAUUCUAAAAAAUAAAAUGUGUUAACGAAACUCGACAAAAGUUUGUUGCUCUUUAAUCCACCAAUG